AUGUGACACAACCAUAUGAUUACUUCUGGGCCAAGCACUUGCCUUCAUAAAAGCAAAUCCUCACGACAUGAUUACACGACUCAGGCCUCGACUUCGACCUUUUACUCUCCGCCCCCCACCAGACGAGCGGCUAAUCGCCCAGGAUGGCAGAUGGUGAUCUCGUCGUGGCUCUUGCCCAAGCUAGUACGAAUCAGCAUAGUGGCCCUGUUUAUGGCGCAGAGAAAAAGCCCUUGGAGAGCAUGGUUGCUGAUUCCUUGGAAGACGAUGACGACAGCAUCUACGAGGGCUUACCGUUCCCCACUGCCGAAGAGAUGCUUACUCUCAGACGUGUAUCUGAUGCAAUUCCAUGGAAUGCAUAUCUGAUCGCUUUCGUGGAGCUUGCGGAACGAUUCUCUUACUAUGGCUCUAGUGUUGUUUUCACCAACUACAUCCAGCAACCUCUUCCUCCUUUCUCCCGUACCGGUGCAGGUGGUGAAAAUGGCCAAUCUGGUGCCCUUGGCGCCGGUCAACAAAUGUCUACAGGACUUACCACGUUCUAUCAGUUCUGGGCUUACAUCUGUCCGAUUGCCGGCGCCUACAUUGCCGAUACCUACUGGGGUCGUUACAAGACAAUCUGCUGGAGUGUCGUUGUUGCCAUGUUGGGCCACAUCAUCAUGAUCAUCUCUUCAAUUCCUGGCAUCAUAGGCGGUCGUGCAUCACUUGGUGUAUUUAUCCUAUCCAUGAUUAUCACCAGCACUGGCACCGGCGGCUUUAAGUCGAAUGUCUCCCCUUUGGUUGCAGAGCAAUAUCGAAUAAAAAAAUGUUACAUCACUACGACUAGUUCGGGCGAGCGCGUCAUCGUUGACCCGGCCAUGACCACUACGAGAAUCUAUAUGUAUUUCUACCUUUUUAUCAACAUCGGUGCUCUCGUUGGUCAGAUCGGAAUGGUUUAUGCGGAAAAGUUUGUUGGAUUCUGGCUGGCCUACACAUUGCCCACUGCAGUUUUCUGUAUCUCUCCUCUGGUCCUUUGGUAUGGCCGUAAUCGUUAUCGCAGAUCUCCACCGCAAGGCUCUGUUCUUCCGACAGCGCUGCGCAUCUGGCGGUAUGCCCAGCGCGGACGAUGGUCGUGGAAUCCACGCAAGACCAUCAAAAAUCUUACCUCUGAUGACUUCUGGGAAAGUGCCAAGCCUUCUAAGCAGGCCGGCGAGAAGCCUGGAUGGAUGACCUUUGACGAUCAGUGGGUUGACGAGGUCCGUCGCGGUUUCAAAGCUUGCAGCGUGUUCGUCUGGUUCCCGCUUUACUGGCUCUGCUACAAUCAACUCAAUAAUAAUUUAAUCUCACAAGCUGCAACAAUGACCACCAACGGCCUACCUAAUGACGUUCUGUCUAAUCUCGAUCCCUUGGCACUCAUUAUUUUUAUCCCGAUAUGUGAUUUGGUGAUAUACCCAGCACUUGCACGGGCCGGUAUUCAGUUCACAUCUCUGAAGAAAAUUGCUUGGGGUUUCGCCACAGCAGCUGCGUCAAUGAUUUGGGCCGCCGUUCUGCAAUACUAUAUCUACAAGACAAACCCUUGUGGGCACCACGCUUCAACCUGCGAGGACGCGAAUGGGGACCCACUUGUUUCCCCGCUGAAUGUGUGGAUUCAGAGUGGCUCAUAUGUGCUCAUCGCCUUCUCUGAAAUUUUUGCAUCGAUCACGGGUCUCGAGUAUGCAUUUACCAAAGCACCCACGAACAUGCGUAGUUUGGUCAUGUCUGUGUUCCUCUUCAUGACUGCAAUCUCAGCUGCCAUUGGCGAGGCCUUCGUCUCACUCUCGAUAGAUCCACUACUCGUAUGGAACUAUGCUGUCAGCGCCAUCCUUGCGGGCGUUGGUGGCCUCCUGUUUUGGAUCGCCGUUCGUAAGCUCGACAAGGAAGAGGACAAGCUCAAUAAUCUUGCAGAUGGGCACUUGGUGCAUGAGCUAUGACGACGCUAACGUACCAAACCCAGAUAUGUUUUUGUUCUGGUUUACAUUCAUGACUUAUGAUAAUGAUGUCCUGGGCUCCUUUUCAAGAUUUCCUCCGCGCUACGAAUUUAGUAUUUUAUUCAAGUACCAAUUAUUGAAUAUCUGCAAACGUGUUGUUGCUAGGGUCAAUUUCAAUUAGGGG